CUUCUACUACCAUGGCUUGUGUGGUCUCUCUCCUAUGUGGCCUCUUCCUCUUCUCGGUAUCAUGGGCCGGGAAUGCUUCGGAUAUUUUGACUCCAGAAAAGAUCGAGGAAUUCAAGGUCAGAGUGUCCGAAUUGCUGAGCAGGCAGAAGGAACAGAUCCUGAAGACUCACCUUCCCCAUUUCCUUAAUGCUGACCAGUCCAGAGACAGAAGACAAUCCAAGUUUGCACUUCGACCAAUUAAUGAUGCUGCAGGUGUUGAUGUUUUGGAUACAUUGAGAGAGGCCAUCUGCAUACCAGUGGAUCAUCCAGUGUCUUUGGAAGUAGUACAGCAUGAUGGAAUACUAUAUGCUAUGGCUGCCCUUGCUAGGGAUACUAAGAAUCCAGAGAAGGAUGACGGAAAUGCAGUUGUCUUCAGGUUUUCUGGUUCACCUGACAAAACACAAGGAGUUUUUGAAGAAAUCCCCUUUCCCAACACUGAACCUCAUGGAGCAAUAUCUCUAUUACCCAUCAACAUUGACAAUCACCUCUUCAUUUUGUCACUUGAAGAUUGGGAUGAAGAACUGCUGCCAAAGAAGGAAUUUAGCAGCAGUAAAUUGUGGAGAGUGGAUAAGGAUGGGGCACAGCUCACCUACGUGCAGACCCUUCCAAGCUUGCAUCCAACAGAUGCUGCAGUCUGGUAUAGUAGAAAGGGUGUGCAUUUAGCUGUUGCAAAUGCAUACACAAUGCUUCCUAAUGGAGAGGUCAACUAUGAAGUGGACAGUUUCGUCAUGUGGUGGAUGGGGAGCCAUUUUGACAUAGUGGGUUUUCUGCCCACCAAGAAUGCCCAAGCUAUUACAGGGGUACAAAUCCACAAUAUGCAUUAUGUUUUGGUGGCCAACCAUAUGGACAAUACUGAUGCUCGGGGCAAAAUUUCAUAUAGGGUUGAUUCUGUGAUUUACCAAUUUGUUGAGGACACUUUCACUGUCUUCCAAUGCAUUCCAACUUUGGGUGCCUUGCAGUGGCUUCCUAUUGGGACCAAGGAGGGAAGUAUGAUUCUUGCACUGGCCACAGCUUUUAAAGGUCUGGAACUGUAUCAGUAUGAUGGUUGGAUGUUUCAUCGGACCACGGUCAAGGCGUCAUCCAGUGCUGGCCAAGGUCUUGUUCAUCUAUCAACAUUCACCAUGGGAGACAAACACUAUCUUGUGUUGGCCAAUAAUAGGACAUCCACAGCUGGAGGGAAGUGUGAUGCAUCCAACAUUUGCAGCCUGGCAUUCCGGCAUGAAAAUUGGUUGGGAGAGCUCAUGGAGCAUGGAGAAGCUUGGUGUCAGAGCCAGAAGAAGAUGGUGAAAUCAAAACAAACCACUUUAAUCAGUGAUGCAUUCAAGAGUGCUAUUAAAAGGGACGAUGAAACGAUUAUCCUUCAAGGCCCAGCUAGCUUUGAAAAGGAUGUAUACAUCAAAGGCACCCUUGAGACUGGCUCUAUGAGAGAUCUUUCCCAAAAACUCAAAGCUCAGGGAAAUGGCUUUUAUUCAUUCUUUCAAGAUACAAUUGAGAAGUUCAAUCGUGUCUCAGCUCACCUUCAGAAGCUGAAACAGAGGGUAACAAAGGCUCUGAAGGAUUCAAAAUCAGAUAUCAUUGAAGGAACUGUUGGCUUGGAAAAUGUGCUAAUGAAAUGCAGGCAUUGCAAGGUUCGAAAACUUCAAGUUAAAAAUUUGAAUGGACAUGAUAUGGAGGCCAUUUCUGGGCAAGCUCUCUUCAUAAAUGAGAAGGAGAGUUUGAAUUACUUGAAGAUCAGAGACAUUUCAAUGCAGAGCAACCUGGUGGUGAAGAAUCAUGUGAACAAGAUACCAGUUGGAAUGCUUGUGUCCAAGAGUGGUAAACAUGAGUUCUCAGCACCUCAGAUCUUCACAGAACCGGUGACUUGGAAUGGCCCUGUGACAAUUGGAGGAUCCCUUGAUGGAGUCCAGUUUUUACCUGACCAUCUUCUUUUGACUGAGGGAAACCAGACUCUCACUGGACGAUUUGUGGUAAAGAGGAUGGGAGUCUCUAAUCUGUUUGUUCAUACAAUCAACAACAAUGACAUCUCCAAGGUCUAUGAGAAGGCUGUUCUUAUUCAGGGAAAUUUUCUUAUUUCUGGACUUGUGACCAUGGAAGCUGAUCUGGAUGUCAUGACUAAACUUAUUGUUGACAAGAUAAAUCAAUAUGAACCGAAUCAGGUAUGGAAUAGUGGCCUGAAACUGAUGCCUGACCAACCCCAAGUGAUCAAAGUUGUUCAUAAUUAUGAGAACAUUGGAAUUGAGAAAGAUCUGGAGGUGAAGGGGCACAUAAAUGGAUAUUCUUAUCCCUUCCAUGGAAGUGGACUUGCCCAAAAUGUUCUCCAUGGGCCAUUGGUGAUGGAUGGAGAUGUGCAUUGCCAACAUCUGGUUGCUCUUCACUCCCUCAAUGGUAUCCCAGUGGACCAAAAGCAGCUCCAGAUCUGGCUGGUGCAUGGACACAAGCAAAAGGUGAGGGGACCUGUUGUAUUUGGAAGCAUCCGAUUCGCAGAGGAUGUUGAAGUCAAUCAGGAAAUCAAUGGCCAUUCAAUCAGUAAGCUGCAGAUGCCAGCCUCUUCAGGUGACCUAUAUGUCAUGGGGACUGCCCAUUUUGAGAACCAGCUUCAUGUUGACAAUGGCUUGAAUGACUUGGAUAUUAUAAAAAUUUUGAAGGAAGCCCUCCAUAUAGAUGAACCCAUCCCUCCCAUCAAUAAGGUGGUCUUCGAGGACAAAGUCAAGAUACGAGACUUUCAUGCUGAGGCUGUCAAUGGAGAAAAGUCCUCACGUUGGAUCAAGAUCAGGGGAAGAGGUUCAGAAAUUAUCAGUGGUCAUAUGAAGUUCUUAGAAGAAGUCACCUUCUCUCAUGAUAUCAAUGUGGAACGCCUGAAUGGAUGGAUCCUCAACGAGACCUUUGGAGAUGUGUUUCUCAAAGAUGGCAAAGAUGUGGUCUGUGGGGACAAGCUGUUUAGUAAAGGUAUCCAAGUAGAUAGGAUCACUGUGAAAGAGCUGCUGGUGAAUGGAAAACCUCUGGAUGAGAUCCUAGCCAUAUCUUCUUCACCCAAAAGGCAGAACAUCUUCCAAAGAGCAAUAUUUAAAUCUGGCUUCAUAGCUAAAAAUCUCAAAAUGAAGCACUUGAAUGGGCACGACCCAAUUGCUGCUCUCAAAGACACCUUGUUUGAAGCUCCUCCAAAUGGAACUGCCCAGCGGUUCCUUGUCCCACAGACAUUCAAGGGGAAGCUGACUGCCAACACAGUGAAUCCACAUCUUACCGUGAAUGGCAAGGACAUGAAGGCUGAAUUCUCUAACUUUCUGUAUGAUGAUGAAGUUGCACAUUUUGGAGGGAUGGUCAAGUUCCUUGAACCAGUGGAGAUUGAGAACCUCCACUUUUCAGGAGCAAUUGAUGGGAUGAACAUGGAUCAACUGAACCAAUGGCUCCUCCAAGACAAGGAUCAGUCUGUCUCAGGCUCUGUAUAUAUCAAAGGCACUGUGAAAGCACCCUCUCUCCUAAUCACUUCCAAGAACCUCAAUGGCUUGGAUUUAGACCGUCUAAGGAAUGAAGCCCUGACCAUUGAUGAACCAGCAAGAAUUCCUGCUUCAUUACAAUUUAGGAGUGUGAAGUCCGAGGGCCCUGUUGAGGUUGGACGUCGUGUAUCUGGGUUGAAGCUCUCUGAUGAGGCUGUCCUGAAGAACCAGAAAACAGUGUUUGACUCCAGAAAGGCUCUUAAGGGAGGUGCCAAUAUCAGAGGACGUCUUCAAGUUCAACAGGGAAUCAAUGGAUUUCAGGCAAAGGAACUGUGUGACCUGAAACUUUUGGACAGCGUAUCAGACCAACCUGAUAAUAUCAUCUUGGAUGGUGAUGUGACCUUCCAUGAUGGUGUGACCUUGGAUGGAGUCUUGAAUGAUUAUGAUGUAGCCUCUCUGGAAAAGCAAAUCUGGCUCCGUGAUCGAGAUACCGUCCUUCAAGCUCCUGUCCACUUUCAUACUGCACACUUCUCAAAAAUUAAUCUAGAGGGGGAGUUAGACAGAGUCAACGUGGAUUCAGUAAGGGAGAACUAUGUGGACCGUGAAUCUCACAAGCCAGUGCAUCUAGAAGGUUUCUAUCAAUUCCAAGAUGUUGUUGUCAAGCAUGACCUUGCUGCAGUGGAGAUCAGAGUCAAUGGUGUCUUGAAUGGAACCAGGAUUGAUGACACUAUUAAGGACCUGUUGCUGAGCAAUGGAGAUCAGGAAGUACAUAGUUACAAGGGCUUCUCAGGUUGUUAUGUGGAAGGGGAUAUGACUGUGGAGAGGCUGAAUAGUUUAGAUCCCAGGAAGCAGUAUUUUCUGUAUGGGAAGAAUAACUCUGUUAGUGGCCCAACAUUCAUGGACACAUUGGAGGUAUUACAAGGGGUAACCAUGAAGAAAGGGAAGACCUUGUCAGGCAUCAACUUGAAGACAUGGACAGAGGAAGCAGUACGCAGCACAGGAGAUGUCCAAUUGCAUGGCAAAAAACAUUUCCAUAGUCUUGUCUUUCCCAAAGGAUUUCAGGUCAAAGGGAGCCUUGAUACUGUAAGGAUAUCUCGAACUGAAAUCCUGACCACUACAGAUGACCAGGUUCUUGAUAGUGACCUAGUAUUUGAUUGUGAGGCCACUUCAGAUACAUGUGUAACCUUCUCUACAGUGGAUUUGUUGGGCUUCUGGAAUGAAGUGAACAUCACACGGCUGGAUGACGCAACAGCUAAAAGGAACCAGGAGAAUGUAUUCAAGGCCCAAGUGAAUUUCUUGACAUCCCCAACGAUGAUGACAGCUAAACUGCUGGGCAAGGUUCUUGAUGUUGACCUGGAUCACCUGUUUACAGUGAUAACUCGUCCUGUCAACACCUCAUCAUUAGAGAGCACAUAUGGAUUCCUUAAACAGACUUUGGAUUCUUUUGACUCCACCAUGGAAGGCCAAGCCAUCUCACUGGAUCACUAUGAAGAAGUACAAGAAUGUGAUGAGAGGCAUGUCUUGGAAUCUGUUCCCCUCACAUUCCAUGCUGUUGAUGGUUCCAUUAUUCAUAUGCUGGCAAUCUCCCUGGCUGAAGAAGUCCGCCCCCAUCAAACCAUUGUCAAGUUUCUUGAAUACAGCCACCAGCAGGAACUGUACCUCUACAGAGGUCUCCAUGUCCUAUCAAACCAUGCUACAUCUCUAUUGUCUCUGUCUGUGGAUGAGCACCAGUUCCUCUUUGUGGCUAAUGUGGCACCUGGCCUAGAUUUCUUGGAUUUCCACUAUGGACCCUUCAAUGAAUAUGCUCCCAAAACUGAAAAAGAUGAGACAACGGUGAUUGUGUACGAGUUCAAUCCAGCAGCCAGAACCUUCUCUAUUGUGCAGAAGUUUUUCACUUUCAUGACAGUGCAUCUCAUCCACAUUGAUAUAAAUGGCAUCCCUCAUGUCUUUUUUGUCAACUAUGGAACCCCAGAGACAUCGCUGGUGGAUUCAUCACUCUAUGUUUACCAAGGAGGAAAGUUUGUACUAUUCCAGAACAUUCCAACCAAAGGAGCACGAAAAGCUAGUGUGGCAUACCUGAAGAGAGGAGAGGAAGACGUCCCGAAUCUUAUAAUUUGCAACCAUAACUCCUCCAGCUCAUCCACAUGGGAAGCACACUCUGAGGUCUGGGCCUACAAUAGGGCUUCAGAGUAUUUUGCUCUCACCCAGACCCUGGUUACUUCAUUCUGUCUUGAUGUUGACACCAUUCAUUAUGCUGGGGAAGAUUAUUUGGCUGUUGUCAAUGGGAAAGGAGUUGAUGACAUGAGACAAGGUUCUGUAGACAUUUACAAGUACAUUUCAAAGGUGUAUGGUGGAGGAUAUGAAAAAAUCCAAAGAUUAUCCAUGUCCUCUCCAAUCUCCUGUGACUUGGACACUCUCCCAGUUGGAGGCCUCUACCUGAUUGUUACUGUUGAUUAUGGCGAUGAGACUGUUGAACUCUACAAGUAUAAGCAUGCCUCAAGGUUUGUCAUGGAGCAACAGAUUUCCAUCCCAGGAGCAGAGCAGGCAAGAGGCAUGUCUUUGACUGAAACUGAUCACUAUCUUGUCAUCAAAGGGAAGGAGACUUUUGACAAGGUACAAGGCAUCAUUACCAAUCCAACAAGAAUCCUGAAAGCACGUAUUUCGGGCCUGAGUCAGCAUUGAGUGAAAUUUCUUAUUGUUUUUAAUGUUAUUAAAUAUUUUCUGUUUCAUUUUUGGAAUGUGGCUUUGAGUUUUUGAAAUUGUUGAAGAUAGAGUAAAUUAUUAUCCAGUUCAGUAUUGUGAAGUGCUCAAUGACUAACUAUAAAAAAAAGGACAGUGAUAGAUCCCUUAAAUGGAAGUGCAUCCCACAGUAUUUUGUCAGUGACAUUGGAUGUAUUUCAUCUCCAGCUGCCUUUAGAGGUCUUCUCAGGGUAUGUUACCAUAAUCCUUCCCUACUUUUGUGUCCAGCUACUCCUGUGGCUAUUACUGUAAUUACAGUAGGUUGCAGCUGGUGGUGCUAGAGAGCAACAGUCUAUAAUGAUGUUUUUGACAUUGAAGGGAGGCUCAACCUCUGCUGAGCCAUACAUUAUACAUUCAGGCAAGACAAUACAUGGUAAGUUCAUGACAUUGCAUGAGGGCCACAUUUUUUUUGUACACUCAUGCUUAUUGUUCCAAUUUUUCUCAUUUCCACCAUUGUGCAGGAGUCUUGAUGGAAAUUUGUGACUGACAAAAUAAAGUGGG